GUGCCCUCCGCCAUGAGGCUGUUCUGGGGGCUCCUCCUGCUCCUGGUGGCCCUGGCGCUAGGAGAGGCAGCUGCCGCCCGCUGCCCCACACUCUGUGUCUGCGACAACCUCCACGCCCACGUCCUCUGCCUCAACGGGAACCUGACGGCCGUCCCCGACACCAUGCCGCAGCUUACCAAAAAACUGGACCUUCGGGGCAACAGCUUCACAGUCAUCCCAGUGGGAGCCUUCCUUGCAACCCCAUACCUCACACACUUGGACCUGCAGCGCUGCAAGGUGGAGAGGGUUGAGGAAGGGGCUUUCCGGGGGCUGGGGAGGCUGGUCUACCUCAACCUGGCCUCCAAUGGCAUAACCCUCCUCUACCAGGAGUCCCUGGAUGGGCUUUCCUCUCUCCAGCAGCUCAUCCUGGAGGGGAACCGGAUUGAGGAGAUCCAGCCGGGUGCUUUUGGCCACCUGGGGUCCCUCACUGUCCUCGACCUGAGGGCAAACACCUUGGUCUACCUCCCGGACAUGGUCUUCCAGGGACUGCAGGCCCUCAGGUGGCUCCGGCUGUCCCACAAUGCCCUCCAUGUGCUGGGCAGCGAGGCCUUUGCUGCCCUGCCCGCCCUGCGCAGGCUGAGUCUGGACCACAACGAGUUGCAGGCGCUUCCCGGCGAGGCCCUGGCCAGGCUGGACGGGGCUACUCGCCUGGACCUGGGCCACAACCCCAUCACCUAUGUGGCCGAGGAGGCCCUGGCCAUGACCUCUCUGAAGCACCUCUUCCUAGACCAUGCCGCCCUCCAGGAUGUGGCGCCCAAUGCCUUC